GAUUUCCACCAAAUGCUGGGGCAGCGCGCUGCUUGCGCUGAGGAAUCCGGUGGGAUGGGCAGAGCAGCUGGGUCUGGAGAGGCCAGAGGGGUCUGGGUCCUGGCCAUGCGAGGACGUGGAGACCAGCGGUGGCCCUGUGAGCGCGACACCACGCCUCGCAGAACGACCAGCGCGCCCCAGGAGAGCUAGCUCAGCACCGCUACAGGGGAACGCUAACAACCAGGAGAGGAGCUAGCUCCGCACUGCUAGCUCCGCACCGCUACAGGGGAACGCUAACAACCACGAGAGGAACUAGCUCCGCACUGCUAGCUCCGCACCGCUACAGGGGAACGCUUACCACUGAAGAGCUGCAGGCAGGGUGCAGAGCGGGAGAACGGGCUGGAGCUCGUUAUGGACGCCAGGCCCCCUGUGCUGCUGCUCUCUGUGUUUGGGCUCAUCUGGGCCUCCACCCUGGACCAUGACUACGGGGGGGUUCCCGUCUGGAUCGACCGGGCCCGGGGGGAGCCCAGCGUGCUCAGCCUGCGGGGGCGCAUCCUGGGUGGGUACCAGGCCGUGGAGGACGAGGGCUGCCCGGCGGAGUGUGACUGUCCCAUCCAGUGGCCCUCGGCACUGUACUGCGACCAGCGGGGGCUGGGCAGCGCUCCAGCCAGCCUGCCAGCCGGGACCCAGUACCUCUUCCUCCAAAACAACAACAUCUCCGGACUGCAGCCCGACGCCUUCAGCAACGCCACCCAAAUGCGCUGGCUCUUCCUGGAUCGGAACCAGCUGCUGAGCGACCGCCUGCCGGACGCCUUGCUGGCCAACCUGUCCCGGCUGGAGAACCUCUUCCUCAAUCACAACCGCCUGACGGAGGUGCCCUCGGGGCUGCCGGGGGGGCUUAAGCAGCUCCGGCUCGCCCACAACCGCAUCGGCCGGAUCCCCCACGGCGCCUUCCGAAACCUCCCCCACCUCUCCCUGCUGCUGCUCCAGGGAAACCGGCUCAAGGUGUUGGGAAAGGCUGACUUCACAGGCCUGUCAUCCGUCAUCCUGCUGGACCUCAGUCACAACCUCCUGGAGGCGUUCCCCAAACACCUGCCCCCGUCCGUGCAGCAGCUGUACCUGUCCCAUAACCAGCUCCGGGGCCUGUCCCGGGACAGCCUGUGGGGCUUCCAGAGCCUCCGUUACCUGCGUCUCAGCCACAACCAGCUGCACAGCCCGGGCCUGCCGCCCGCGGCCCUCAACCUGUCCUCCCUGGUGGAGCUGGACCUCUCCUACAACCUGCUCACCUCCACCCCCGUGGUGCCUAAUACGCUCCUCUACCUGUACCUGGAGGCCAAUCUAAUCCAUGAGUUUAAUGUGACAAGUUUCUGCAGGACAGUGGGUCCGCUGGACUACUCCCGCUUGAGAAUCCUCAGGUUAGAUGGGAACAAGAUGGACUCCCACCAGCUGCCCCCAGACUGGGUGAUGUGCCUGCGAGUACUGCAUCAUCUGUAUAUAUAACCGGUGUCUCAGUGGAGUCUCAGUGCUGUCUCAGUGGAGUUUCAGUGUUGUAUCAGUGGAGUUUCAGUGUUGUCUCAGUGGAGUCUCAUUGCUGUCUCAGUGGAGUCUCAUUGCUGUCUCAAUGGAGUCUCAUUGCUGUCUCAGUGGAGUUUAGUCUCAUUGCUGUCUCAGUGGAGUCUUGUCUCAUUGCUGUCUCAGUAGAGUCCAGUCUCAUUGCUGUCUCAGUGGAGUUUAGUCUCAUUGCUGUCUCAGUGGAGUUCCAAUACUGUUUCAUUUCUGUCUCAGUGGAGUCUCAUUGCUGUCUCAAUGGAGUCUCAUUGCUGUCUCAGUGGAGUUAAGUCUCAUUGCUGUCUCAGUAGAGCCCAGUCUCAUUGCUGUCUCAGUGGAGUUUAGUCUCAUUGCUGUCUCAGUGGAGUCUCAGUGCUGUCUCAGUGCUGUCUCAGUAGAGUCUAGUCUCAUUGCUGUCUCAGUGGAGUCUCAGUGCUGUCUCAGUGCUGUCUCAGUAGAGUCUAGUCUCAUUGCUGUCUCAGUGGAGUCUGGUCUCAUUGCUGUGUCAGCAUAGUCUCACUGCUAUCUUAACAGAGGCUGCACUUCCUUUUGCAUGAAUAUAGCUGAUUUUAGAACGGUGCUCCCCUAUUGUUUGUGUAUAAUGAAAACAGCCAUGCGCACAUAAAAAUAAUCUUUAGAUUAGACCUCAGCAUUUUAACUGCACUAAAUUGAAGGUUUCUGCAUUUUAAUAAAUCAUUUUCACAUGUCAGUGAUGACAAAUGAACUUGUCCAAACUGGAGUAUUUAAAACUCCUGCUUACUUACCUUUUACACACAGGUGAAAUAAUCAUUUUACAGUGCUCUGCGGCGUAUUCUUUGUGAUGCCAGUGCCAUGCAUUUAGUGCAGUUCAACCCCAGCCUAAUGCCCAGAGACACCUCUGUCUGAGCCACUUCACCAUGGUGACAGCCCUUCGUAUUGAAGGCAUUAUUUCAGAAUUACAACGUAGUCUCACUAGUCUCUAUACCUGUCUCAGCUAUCCCACCACAUUCUAGUCUGAGUGUGACCACACACACACACGCACGCAUGCACAUGCACACACCCACACGCACACGCACACGCACACGCACACGCACACACACACACACACACACACGCCC